AUGUAUUGGGAGCUCUCCGUCGGUAACGGUUUCGCGUAUACUGUCUUCAGCGCUUUUGGCCUGUUCUACGCCGGUUUUGGCGCGAUCUUGACCCCUGCCUUCGGGGUUGAGGCAGCAUAUGGAGGCGAUGUAAAGCAAUACAACAACGCUCUCGGGUUCUUCAUGAUCAGUGAGUUGCUCAAGACCGACAAGUGGUGA